AUGGAGGUUGCUUUCCACUCCGGACUUGCCCGCGCCCACACCUCGCAGACCUCGCCCACCGCCGCCUCGCACGCCCGCAUGAACUCCAACGCCGGCCCCGGCCUCAUGUCCCACCAAAGCUACCAGAGCCAGUACUCGAGCUACUCGCACAACAGCGUGCGCGACACCCAGAGCACCCAGGCCACGAGCAGCUCGACGCUGUUUGGGGGCCCGCAGCCGCCCGUCUUCCCCCCAACCCCCGUCAACGGCGGGCCCAUCGAGGCCGCCAACAAUGUCCUCAACAAGCGCGCCGACAAGGACACCUCGCUCUUCCAGCGAUGCUUGCAGCUGCAGCUGCGCCUGCGCAUGAUCCCCGGCUUUGAGCAGUGGAUCAUCGAGGAGGAGAGCAAAGCAGACGACGAUGCCGACCCGGUCACGUUGCUGUGGAGGACCUUCCGGCGGGGCUACCCGCUGAUGGAGGUGUACAAUGCCCUAGGCCCCAAGGUGCGCCUAGCGGUCGACACCUCGAAGAUGAACGACGCGAAGAAGGGCGAGAAGAUGGCCACGUACAAGUUCCUGCAGGCCUGCAUCGGAGAGCUCAAGUUCCCCUCGGAGGAAUGCUUCAUAAUCGGGGACCUGUACGGCGACGACACCACCGGUUUUGUCAAGGUCGUGAAUGUGGUGAACCGCGUCCUGGACAUCCUCCUACAAAUGGGCAUCAUCAGCACCGAGCCCGAAACUGCCGACAAUGCCUCUAUAAAUUCCACCAUCAAGCGGACACAGCGCGAGCACAUCAUCGACGAGCUGGUGAAGACCGAAAGAACAUACGUCCAGCAUCUGGAGCUCCUGCAGUCGUUCAAGAAGCUCGUAGAAGAGAAGGGAAUCCUCACCGGCGACAAGGUCCACGAUAUCUUCCUGAAUCUGAAUGCACUUCUGGACUUUCAGCGGCGAUUCCUGAUCCGCGUCGAGCAGACCAACGCGCAGCCCGCCACAGAGCAAAAUUGGGGAAACCUCUUUGUCCUCUACAAGGACGCAUUCAAAGUGUACGAGCCGUACAUUGCGAACCAGAAGAAGUGCGAGGAGAUUGCGGUCAGAGAGUUCGAGAAACUCAGGGAAACCGGAGGGUCGUCGGAUAUGCAGCAAAUGGUGGAGUCGACCACGACACUGACUUCAUUCCUUCUGAAACCGUUCCAAAGACUGGCAAAAUACCCGCUGCUGCUGAAGGAGCUCCGUGAUAAAGGCGACCUUGAUGAGCAGCGAAAAGAGGAUAUAUCCAACGGCAUUAUUGCCGCUCAAGCCGUCCUAGAGAGGACUAAUGCGGCAAUCGACCGUGAAGACCGUCUUGAGGCCGUUGAGGAGCUUAAGUCACUCGUCGAAGACUGGAAAGGCCAUCGAAUUGAAGGCUUUGGCGAGCUCCUUCUCUAUGGCCAGUACACCGUUCUAAAAGGUGACGGUAUGAAUGGCAAGAACGAAGAGCGAGAGUACAAGAUUUACCUGUUCGAGAUGAUCCUCUUGUGCUGUAAGGAACUCAGCGCGAAAAAGGCGAAGAACAUGAAUAGGUCCGCUACAGCCAAAAAUGGCAAGCCAAAGCUUCAACUCAAAGGUCGAAUUUUCAUGCAGAAUGUCACGGAGACCAUCUCACUGCAGAAACCAGGAUCAUAUACAUGCCAGAUCUUCUGGAAGGGUGACCCUGGCAUCGAGAAUUUCAUCAUACGUUUCAACUCCGAGGAAACCAUGAAGAAAUGGGCAACCCAGGUCGACAGCCAAAGACGUGUCUGGAAAGACCACGCUAGGUCAAGUAGCAGCACGACACAUUCAAAACCUUCGGACACGCAGUUCUCUUUCCUCCAGAAUCAGACCUUAGAGAACCCUUAUCAGGAAGAUGACGAUGACGAGGGCGAGGACGUAGACACUGUUGUGCCAGGCUACUCGCAAAGCAACUAUAGUGUUCCCCCGCGGUCUCGAUCAACGACAGGAGAUAGCGGAACUCCGACAAAUGAGGCAGAUCCCAGGGUACCUCCUCCACGUUUCCCUAUGGGCUAUCCAGCUCAGCCACCGCUGACGCUACGCACGCAGCAGCUUGCGAAUUCUGCCAACCAGGACUCAUACUUCUCACCUACUGCCGAGUCUCCCAUGUCCACCCAUUCGACUGUCCGCACAAGCUCCUCUUCUGCGGGAACGUUCCCGUUCCCGCGGCAGGCGCCGCCGAGCGGCUACCCCUAUGAGGAAAACAACCGCUACACAGCUCCGGCUCGCGGUCACAUGACUCGCGAGGGGUCAAUGGGACCCGGCCAAUAUCCUCCAGGUCGUGGUAUGCAACGACCGUCAUUGCCACCUACUUCAAACUCAGCAUCAAUAGCACAAGGGCGGCUGAGAGCGGCUAGUAGCCCGGACAUACACAACCCUAAUGCUCCUGGGCGGCGGUUACCGAACGGGCAACAUGGCACUGUUCCUGAACUGCCUCCCUUCCCCACACACUAUGCUUACAAUGCUGCGAUCGUAAAUCGCAGCGCGAGCAACUCUCCGAGCAGCCUGCCGCCGCGAGCAGCAACGCAGUCGCCGGCCAUCCAAAGAGAUCGUCUUGUCCAGCAACGGACUGCCGCGGAAUUGGCAAACUCUGACUAUCAUGGCGGGCCGGCUCGCAGAGACCCUGGCCACGUGCCUAUGCCCAGGACCAUGACGCCGGCGUCUUCUUUCGAACGCAGCCAGGGCACGUUGACGCCAGCUUCAAUGGAUUCCCGGACAAUGUCGCCUCCACUACCUAUCCAAACUCCAGUGCCGCAGGAUAGUCAGUCCAACAUUCCCACGCAGCUGAAAGUCAAAGUGCAUUGUCCGGCCGCGGGAAGCACGAUGACGCUGGUUGUGAGCACGAAUAUCAGCUUCCAGUCCCUGAAAGAUCGCAUCGACGCAAAGCUGCAGCGCUCAACAAGUGUUUCGCUCAGCUCGGGCCAAGUCAAGCUGAAAUACCUGGACGACAACGACUUCGUCAGCAUCCAGUCGGACGAAGACGUGCAAGAAGCUUUCGAGACAUGGAAAGAGCAGCAAAAGGACAUAAAUCCAGGGGGCCAGCAGCUGGGCGAGAUUGAGCUCUUCUGCCAGCGCUAA